UUUGGUCUCGUGGUCACGUGACGUGUUCUGCUCGCGCCACUUCCCCAAACAAACGCCAGUUGGAGCAGUAGUUGUUUCUGUUCCAGCAGAGAACGUAAAACCUACAGAGGUGCCGACAUCUCCGCACGCCAUGCCGAAGCUGUCAGACGGAAUAUCUUCCUCUUAGAAAGACUCAACACUCAGUGACAGCAGCUGGGGGCGAACCGGCCAAAGCGAGCACAUCAUGGUGGAUGUAACCAAAUGGCCCAUUUUCAGCCUUAUGGCACCGGAGGAACUCCCAUCAAUAAGGAAGGCCUGCGUGUUUGGCUCGUCUGCUAACGAGGCCAUCUACAUCACCAAUGACGAUGAGGUCUUUGUGUUUGGGCUGAACUGCAGCAACUGCUUGGGGACGGGGGACAGCCAGAGCACCAUCGUCCCCAAGAAGCUGGACUUCCUGAGCGGCAGGAAGGUGGUGAGCCUGAGCUACGGCAGCGGGCCCCACGUCCUGCUGGCUACAGACGACGGAGAGCUCUUCGCGUGGGGACAUAACGGCUACAGCCAGCUUGGAAACGGGACGACCAAUCAGGGAGUCGCUCCGGUGGUUGUGUCCGCCAACCUGAUCAACAAGAAGGUCAUGGAGGUGGCUUGUGGCUCCCACCACUCCAUGGCUCUGACUGACUCUGGAGAAGUGUACGCGUGGGGCUACAACAACUGCGGCCAGGUGGGCUCCGGCUCCACGGCGAACCAGCCCACGCCUCGCAGGGUUUCCAGCUGCCUGCAGAACAAGCUGGCCAUCAGCAUCGUCUGUGGUCAGACCUCGUCUCUGGCCUUGGUGGACAACGGAGAGGUGUACGGGUGGGGCUACAACGGGAACGGGCAACUCGGGCUUGGGAAUAACGGGAACCAGCUGUCUCCCUGUCGACUCGUAGGUCUGCAAGGUGUGUGUGUGCAACAGAUCGUCUCCGGCUACGCCCACUCCCUGGCGCUAACAGACGAGGGUCUGCUCUUCGCUUGGGGUGCAAACACGUAUGGACAGUUGGGCACAGGCAACAAGAGCAACCAGCUGAGCCCGCUUCAAAUCCUGACGGAGAAGGAGAGGGUCGUGGAGGUCGCCGCCUGCCACUCCACCCACACGUCGGCCGCCAAGACCCAGAGCGGCCAUGUGUACAUGUGGGGCCAGUGCCGCGGCCAGUCCAUCGUGCUGCCUCACCUCACACACUUCUCUUGCACGGACGACGUCUUUGCGUGCUUCGCCACGCCCUCCGUAAUGUGGCGGCCUCUCUCCAUGGAGCACGAUGACUUCCUCACUGUGGCUCAGACUCUUAAGAAGGAGUUCGACAACCCAGAGACCGCCGACCUCAAGUUCUGCGUUGAUGGCAAAUACAUCUACGUCCACAAAGCGGUCCUCAAAAUUAGGUGCGAACACUUCCGAUCGAUGUUCCAGUCCCACUGGAACGAGGACAUGAAGGAGGUGAUUGAGAUAGACCAGUUCUCCUACGCCGUCUAUCGCGCCUUCCUCCAGUUCCUCUACACAGACAACGUGGAGCUGUCUCCUGAAGACGCCAUCGGGCUGCUGGAUCUGGCCACGUCUUACUGCGAGAACCGACUCAAGCGUCUGUGCCAGCACAUCAUCAAGAGGGGGAUCACGGUGGAGAACGCCUUCUCUCUGCUGUCCGCCGCUGUGCGCUACGAUGCCGAGGACCUGGAGGAGUUCUGCUUCAAGUUCUGCGUGAACCACCUGACCGAGGUGACCCAGACGACUGCUUUCUGGCAGAUUGACGGCAAUCUGCUCAAAGACUUCAUCUGUCGAGCGAGUCGCUGUGGAGCCUUCAAAAACUAAAGCCGGACUGCAGGAAGCGAUGGGAACGCAUGCAGAGAAACUCCAGUUCCAGAGCAGCUUUCCUGCAAACCAUUAAAUCCAGUCUUGGAACGUUUGCACAGUGGAAAACUUCCCCUUCUGGCCGUCUGUGUCGGCGCCGGGUCCGAACAUGAGAGAGCGUCGCACGCAUUUUCACACUGGGAGCAGCAGCUGGUUCCCUACAGUGCCUUGCUUUUUAAUUUGCACAUAUUGUAUAGGGCAGGAGAGAGAGGAGUGCUGCUGUUUAUAUUAUUUUAGUUUAACUUAAAAGACUUUAAGUAUUGGGUUUUGUUGUUUUUAAUUUAAGUGAAUGAAUCAGUUUGGUGUCUACUUUUAUGCUUUGCAGGUUGAGACUCUGCUGGUAGUUAAUGAGAGGAAAUUACUGAUGGUUCAUCCGUGUAGGUCAACCCCCCUGUUUGAGCUCUUAGUGCCUUUUAGUCUUUCUGGUAAAACGAUCCAAAGAAACUUGAGUUACAAAGAGGCCUAAGAAUAGUUCUUCAGGUUUAGUGGAUUUUAUCUAUUGAUUUGUUUCAUUAAGGUGUUUUUUUUUAAGUUUAUGUAGUUUUACUCACCAGGAUGAGGUCAUGGUCAGUGACAUUCAUUGGUGGCUUCAUAACUGCUGAUGCUAGCUUAUAUAUUUUCCCCUUCUUAAAUCUCUGACCUACGCCGACAAUUACAUUCAGCAGUAUUAUUGUUUUCUUUGAGUAUUAUAAUAUAUUUUUACUUGUUUCUUUGCAGGACAUUGAAAAUCAACAAUUAUUUCUCUAUUGAUGCUGAAUAAUAAGUCAGUCAAAUGCUUUGACCUCUGGAAACAGAUCAACAAAAAUAUUUCUCUGCUUGUUAUCUAUAAACAUGUUUUACUCCUGGUCAUAUUAAAGGUAGAACGAUAUUUCUCCC